AUGCCUUCAAACAUCGUCCGGCGAUUCGCUCGGGUGUAUGAGAAGUCGCGUCCUCGCUCUAAGUCUCACGCUCCCGGCCCGUCUUCGCCUGUAUCGCCCGCCGGGCACGAUGGGCCUGACGUGACCGAGCCACCGGAAUCCAUAUGUCCAGAUCGAUGCUCGACAACCGAUACGCCUACUGCAGAUGAUCUCACCGACCUCUGGGAUGAGGCUGUCAGCCAAUACCGUGACACCACCGGAAUAGAUCUUCACGACGAAGACUCCGAACCUGACCUCCAUCGACGACUGCAAGGCUGUCAUGACGUGCUCAAGCUUAGCCGUGCGCUGGACACGAUGGCCUCCGAUUUUCAAGUAUACCGCAGCUCGCCCAAGGGCGUUGGAGGGAAGAUACGUCGCGCGCUUAGGCCUAUUGUGCGCGUCGCACUUGUCGUGCUUGACAUCGGGGGUGAAGCUUCCGCCGCAACUGGAGUACCUGGUGGGAAGGCGCUGUUUGUGGCCGUAGGCGUGCUUCUCAAGACGACGAUGAAUGUUACCAAGCGCUUUGAUGCUGUAGCGAGUCUCCUAGAGAAGUUCAGCUUCUACAUGGAUCGUCUGAAGAUCAGUGCACAACAUACCGUGGAAGGGGCUUUGAGAGCUAUUAUCGUCGAGUUCUUGGCACACAUGUUAUGCUCCUUCGCAGCUGUCACCGAUAUGAUGAAGCAGAAUCGCAUAGAACACUUCUUCAGUCUUCUUCGUGGUCAAGAGGAUGGUGUCACGAGCCUUAUGCACCGCGCUGAGACUCUGAUCGAAGAGCAGUCGCGUCUCAUCUUGGUCGAAUCACUUCAUAUAAUGAAAACUCUGUCCGCGAAUUUUGAAGAUGCUCACGCAAGAUUAAAGACGCUGUCCGAAACCACUGAAAAGCUGAAUCGUGAUGUCCGAUCCUCCGGACUUUUACAGUUGCCCGGAAAGAUGGAUGUCUACAUCGCACAAGCCGCGAAGAUGGAAUUUGGUAUCGCGAGGGUCCUGAUGACUUUGCAACGCAAAGUCGAACCGCAAUCUGAUACACAGGCCAACCACCAGCGAUUGGCCGCCGUGGAAGCCCUUCAUCUAGACAAGCGGGAACUGACAGGGCCCACCAAAGGCUUCAUGCAUGCAUUCAACAGUGGGGCGACACGAUCGACAGGGCUCUCGUUUACGUGCCCGGUUCUAUUGCCGUGUACCGAUAUGGCGUCGUUUUCUACCAUGGCCGGUGACUUGUUGCAAUGUUUCCGGGGUCUUUCUCAGGAGGAGCAGGUGGUUCUCAAGCAGGUUAUCAUCAAGCUCUAUGCGGUAGCGGCCACCAGUAUAUCUGGAGGCAGCGCAGACAAUACAACAUUGAUGGAAGUCAUGGUGACUGGUUUAAUGUAUCCAGGAGCUGUGAUGACGGUCUUCUUACCCAUGGCCACCAUCUUCAUUGCGGUGUUUGCAUUUUGGAAGUGCCUCGUAUCAACGACCCAGCGAGCGAUCCCCAGGACUCCCGGCUAUGCGCACGCCGAAAUGAUCUUUCUUGUCGAUGUAUUCGGCUCGAAGUUGGUGCUACACUUGGAGAUGUGCAAAUCAUGGGAUGAUAUCCAUCAUAUUCUUCUUCGUCAUUUCUCUGGAGAGGAAGUUGCCGAGUAUGUUCGCUCUCACGCCUAUCAGAUUAUGGACUCUCGAGAUGGCAAUGUUUCCAUCAUCAGGCCCGAGACGUGGGCACGCACGGUACAGGCGGGAAUGACGGUCGAAAUGAGUAUCAUUCUCCGACGACAACAACCAUCGGCAUUUCUUCGAUGCCCCUGGUGUGAAGCGGUUGCUCCUCCACGCGCUUCGGACAACCAAUGGAUUGACUGCGCUCUUUGUCAUGGCAAAUUCUGGGCAUCACAGGAGACUAGUGACAACCUGAAUGACAAGGACGAUACGCUGGAGUCGCAGAGUGCAUCAACAAUACACACACCCGUAGAGCCCAGCGCGCCGCAAGGAACGUAUUCUUCGUCGACUCGGCAUCCGGAGUCGGGUCAUCUUGACAUAUCUGCCUUCCGGAGGGUCACCAUUGUUCAAAAAUUUGCGGUUUUCAUUCCAAGUCUAUUUAUGCCCACGCCUACGCAAGCACCCGCAGACGCGCAAACUGGAGAGAUCGAACCGAGCUGGAGCUUCCCGGCGUACGUGCCCGACGACGCGACGCUGCAGUCCGAGGGCUGGUGGCCCGAAGCCCACACCCAGUCUUCGCCCGUGUUCGAGUCCGCGUACGGUGCGCCCGCCGAGCCCGCGUUCCAGCCCGAGUCGGCGUUCGCGUACCCCGUCGACGCCACCGAGAUGUUCAACCCCGGCGCCUCCUUCGAGUUCUUAUCGUCAUUCGACGCUCCCUCCCCGCGCACCGGCCCCUACACGCCCAAUAUGGACUCGCGGCCGCUCGACGGCGAGGCACCGAUGCCGCUCGACAUCCACUCCGGUGGGAACAUGUGGACGGCGGCGUCGCUGCAGAGCCAGCCGUGGGACCAGACGCCGAGCGCGUGGGCGUGGGGCGCGGGUGCCGGCGUGAUGUUCGACGAGCACUUCGAGCUGAGCAUGCUCCCGCCUGUCACGCUCGAUAUUCCCAAGUUCGAUCCCGAGCAGCAGAGCAAGUACGACUCCUCUGCCGUAGACCCCUCGAUGCUGCACACCCCCUACGCCCAGCACGAGGAGCAGCAGCAGCCGCAGUGGACGCAAGAGAACACGUGGGUGUUCGGGUACGAUGCCACGUUCAACCUCGAGCAGGAGAACAACUCUGGCUCAUCUGCAUGGAAGCCCUCCAUGGCGCACGCUCCUUAUGUCCAGGGCGACGAGCAGCUUGACUUUAACCGCCACCUUCCCGUGCACUCAGGACACACAAUCGCUCCAUGUAUCAUACCGCCAGGAACCCUGCUCUACCAUGGCAAGGUUGGCCCUGAAAUCCCAACCUAUCCCGACUGGCUCGCCUUCGACUCUGAACAUGGCUACCUCUUCGCGCGUUGGCGCGGCGGGCAUAUCCUCACCUUUGCGACGACGCGCGAACUACGAAUGCUCUACUUCGACGGCUCUAGCGGCACAAAGGUGGAAGACGGGUCGAGCGACACUCAGGAACUCCUGAUGUUCGGAGACGUGAAAGGUCGCCGUAAGGAAGAUCCUUGGGAGGACGAGGAUGAGCGGAUAGAGACAUUGUGCAGAUGGGCGAGGCAGCGAGGUCUGGACGGAUUUGUACGGAUGGAGAUUGAUUUCGAGGCCAUGUAUUGUAACAUGACAAAUGGGCUCAAGCUCAUAUCUGCAAUUGAAGCCAUGCCCUACGUGCCCUACAACGACUCGUCCAUCUCAGCCACCAUCAAAUCGCCCAACCGCGGCCCGGGCAGUCCAGGUUGGGACGAGCGUGCCGACCGUCCGUCCAGCUGGCGCAGUUCCCUACCAACCGAAACCGGCAACGACAUUCGCGUCGCAGCCAAUCGACACGCCCGCACACCGGGAGAGACUCGCGUACAUAUACUGUACGACAAGAUCAUCACGUUCUACGAUCCCGCUGUUACAAGCCUGCUUGAGUCGCGCCGUGGGAAGCCCCGCCAGGAGCACCGGCUGAAGGGGAUAUCGAAGGCGGACGCAGACGCGAAGCUACGGGAGCUGGAUGGAGUGCUCGGCAAUUGGGAUUGGAAAGGGAGCAGCAUAGACUGGAGGAGUCUCACGCACGUCGUCUUCGAACUAUACGCACAACGACUGGAGACGCUCGCGUAUACACUCUCCAACGCAACGCACCCCGACGUGCGGACGAGGGCGACGAAGGCUCGCGCUCAGGUGCUGGCCAUGCUCGCGCCGCACUCCGCGAUCACGAACACGCCACCACUAGACGCGGAUACUGCCGAUAACGCAUGGCUUGCGCCCGUUGUACAGCGUUGCGCCUCGACACAUACAGCUGGCAUACCGACCGACCUGUUGACGCCACAGGAGGCUCUGAAACUAAAGUCCGUCGAGGUGGUGAUGCGAGAGGUUUGCCGCAGGUUAGGAAGGAUGCUUCAUGCCGCAUUCGACGUCGAGAGCGCAGAUUGGGAGAAGACGCGACUGAAGGAUAUAGUGGACUUUCUGCGGGAAGAGGUCGUGGCGUUGAUGGAAUGGUUAGACUGGACUUCAGAGACUGCUUUGUUGAGAUGUGUGUACUUAUGA